AUCGAAUUUAAAACAUUCAUUUAAAAUUUAAAAUUUCGGCACAAUGUCUCUGACCAUUUCAACGCAAUGCUCAAAAUGCGAAAAGAUUUACGAUGAUAAUAAAAGAAAGAUAUGUUCUGGAAAAUGUGGUCAUUCGAUAUGUGAAUCAUGUUUUGAUCGAAAAUCAUCGGAUAUAUGCUCGAUUUGCAAUCAGAUAGAUUCAUUCGGUGUAAAGUGUAUCAAUAGAAGUGCAAUGGAAAUGGUCGAAAUGAAGAAAAAUGCAUUUUCGUUUUCUGAUAUCUGGAUUUUUAAGUUUGACCCAAAGGAACACUUCAACGGACCGUGUUCAAAAUGUAAUGACUAUUCCACAAUGCUUCGGGUAUGUACCAACAGUGCAGUACAGGCAGGGCUAUUGGUGAAAACUGGUGAAAAUUCCUUUGAUUUAACACCACAUACCACUGAUGAACUUCUGGAGACAAUAAUUCUUCGAAUCAAAAGUAUCGGAAUUUGUGCAGACUGUGUAAUUAAUAAUGGUUUGAAAGAAGAUGUGGUAAUGAUGAAGAAUAUCAAGAGAUUGUAUGAUAUAGCUAAAGCUCUUAAUUAUCUUUCAAUGUUCUCAUUUUCCAUGAAGCAAAUUGAGCGUGAAAUUGAAGAAUUCAAGAACAAGAAGAAUCAACUGAGAUUCUACAAUAUGUACUAUCAUUUCGUCAAAGAGACCUAUCCGGAAAUAAUGAAAUGGUUGAAGAAUGAUCUUGUGAGAAUAUCAGCACCUCCAUGUUGGCAGGUAUUAUUGAAAAUUGUAUCAAUCAUGACUCAAGCUGCACAGUCAUUAUUCUUAAAAUCUGCGGAACGAGAACUUCAAAUUUCAAAAGAAAAAUUGAGAGAUUCAAAAGGCAAUUCAGAGUGGCAGAAAACGGUCGACAAACUUGAGAAUUUUCGAGAUUUUCUUGAAAUAAAUCACGUUGACGCUGAAAUUCAACCAAUUGAUAUGUGGAACUUUUUUGUAUUAUGUACAACUGAAGAGCUGGACAAGGUCACUGCAAUAAUAAAUCGGAAUUUAAAAAUUCAAGGAAAAAGCAGCAGAGAAACAUUGAAAGAAGUUUAUUAUCUAACAAGAGAUGUUCGGAAAACUCUUCCUUUUCAAAUUCCAGAGAGAUUUGCUGGUUUCAUUGAUCGAUUUAUCAGAGUUUUGGUCGGAGAAAACUUGGAUGAAGAGCAAGCACUGGAAAUUCAAUCAACAACUUAGAUUGAUGAGCACGAACAAUUUUUUGUUUGAAUAUAAUUGUAAUUGUUCUUUACUGGAAAUUGUGUUCAUAUGAAGUCUUGGAAAGUAAAAAUAUUCCCUUUGCA